AUACUUGCUUGUAUUUGUGUCCCUGCAGUCCUUCCCCUGGAUUGGUUAAUAGAAGAGAAAGAACUCUGCAACCAGAAGAGGAACUUCAGAGUGGAACAGAAUGAUCCAGAACCUACACAAAUAAAGGAGGAACCUGAGGAACUAGAACUUCUGCUGAUUAAAAAGGAGCAGGAAGAACAAGAACCUCCACAGAUAAAAGAGGAGCAGGAGGAACUUGAACCUCCACAGAUAAAAGAGGAGCAAGAGUAUCCAGAAUCCCCACAGAUUGGAGAGGAGCAGGAGGAACCAGAAACUAUACAGAUUAAGAAGAGUUGUACCUUGAUGGAGAUUUCUUCUUAUGAGGAAAAUGAGAACAGUGAAGCAGAUCUAAACAAUCAGCAGAACUUUUAUGUAACUGAGAGUCAGGAUGAAGAAGAAAACCAACAUGAAGAAUCAACAUCAACUACAGAUGACGAGACAGACCCACAGAACAGAGAUCAGAGGAAGAAAAGAGACAGAAGUCAUAUCCAAAGUGUGGACAGCUCUCUUAUGUCAGAUAGCCAGCAUGACUCAGUUGGUAGAAAAAAAUCAAAGAAAACAACUUUGGUUAAAAGACGCAAACAAUCCCCCAAAGAAAAGAGAGUUUCCCAUUUAAAGUCUGGUAAAGGAACAAGAACUCCUCAUAAUAUGUCUGCCCACAUGAAAACAAAGUCAGAUGAAGGACUUUAUGUCUGUCAAAAAUGUGGUAAAAGUUUUGCGUCCUGGUUAAAAUUCAGAACUCAUAUGAGGACUCACACAGGAAAGAAGCCUUUUACGUGUAAAGAAUGUGAUAAAAGUUUUAGUUGGAUAUCUAACCUCAAAACACACAUGACGAUUCAUACAGGAGAGAAGCCUUUUACAUGUAUAGAAUGUGAUAGAAGUUUUUGUGAAAUAUCUAAUCUUAAAAGACACAUGAAGAUUCACACAGGAGAGAAGCCUUUUACGUGUAAAGAAUGUGAUAGCAGUUUUAGUCGAAUAUCUAACCUCAAAACACACAUGACGAUUCAUACAGGAGAGAAGCCUUUUACGUGUAUAGAAUGUGACAGAAGUUUUAGUCGAAUAUCCAAUCUCAAAAGACACAUGACAACUCAUACUGGAGAGAAGCCUUUUGCAUGUAAAGAAUGUGAUAGAAGUUUUAGUUGGAUAUCUAGUCUCAGAACACACAUGAAGAUUCAUACAGGAGAGAAGCCUUUUACGUGUAAAGAGUGUGAUAGAAGUUUUAGUGAAACAUCUAAUCUCAAAACACACAUGAAGAUUCACACAGGAGAGAAGCCUUUUAAGUGUAAAGAAUGUGACAGACGUUUCAGUCAACUAUAUCAUCUCAAAAGACACAUGAAAACUCAUACAGGUGAGAAGCCUUUUACUUGUAACGAAUGUGAC